GUAGACAGUCACAGAAUGCCUUAUUUCACAAGACUCAUUUUGUUCUUGUUUUGCCUGGCGGCUCUUGUGGAGAGCAGAAAGCCCAAGAGGAGGAGAUGGACAGGGCAGCUGGAAAUGCCCAAGCCAAGUCACCUAUAUAAGAAGAACCUCGACGUGACCAAAAUCCACAAGGGAAAACCUCAGCCACUUCUUAGAGUGGAGGACCAUGAUUUCUCCAUGAGGCCCGCCUUUGGAGGCCCUGCUAUCCCGGUGGGUGUGGACGUGCAGGUGGAGAGCCUGGAUAGCAUCUCGGAAGUGGACAUGGAUUUCACCAUGACCCUGUACCUGCGGCAUUACUGGAAGGAUGAGAGGCUGGCUUUUCCCAGCACCAACAACAAGAGCAUGACCUUCGAUGGCCGGCUGGUAAAGAAGAUCUGGGUCCCCGAUGUCUUCUUUGUUCAUUCCAAAAGGUCAUUCACCCAUGACACCACCACUGACAACAUCAUGCUGAGAGUGUUUCCAGAUGGGCACGUGCUGUACAGCAUGAGGAUUACAGUCACUGCCAUGUGCAACAUGGACUUCAGCCACUUUCCCCUGGACUCCCAGACCUGUUCUUUGGAGCUGGAAAGCUAUGCAUAUACAGAUGAAGAUCUGAUGCUGUAUUGGAAGAAUGGGGAUGAAUCCCUGAAAACAGAUGAGAAGAUCUCCCUGUCUCAGUUUCUGAUUCAGAAAUUUCACACCACUUCCAGACUGGCCUUCUACAGCAGCACUGGCUGGUACAACCGUCUGUACAUUAACUUCACGUUGCGACGCCACAUCUUCUUCUUCUUGCUCCAAACCUAUUUCCCUGCCACCCUGAUGGUCAUGCUGUCCUGGGUGUCCUUUUGGAUCGACCGCAGAGCUGUGCCCGCCAGAGUUUCACUGGGUAUCACCACCGUGCUGACCAUGUCCACCAUCAUCACGGGUGUGAACGCCUCCAUGCCCCGUGUGUCCUACAUCAAGGCGGUGGACAUCUACCUCUGGGUCAGCUUUGUGUUCGUGUUCCUCUCAGUGCUGGAGUACGCAGCCGUCAACUACCUGACCACGGUGCAGGAGCGGAAGGAGCGGAAGCUCCGGGAAAAGUUCCCCUGCACGUGUGGAAUGCUUCACUCAAGAACCAUGAUGCUGGAUGGAAGCUACACUGAGUCUGAGGCCAACAGCCUGGCUGGGUACCCACGAAGCCAUAUUCUGACAGAAGAAGAAAGACAAGACAAAAUAGUGGUCCAUCUGGCUGUGAGCAAUGAAUCCAACUCCUCUAGGAAGAAGGGGCUUCUGAAGGGCCAGAUGGGUCUUCGCAUCUUCCAGAACACCCAUGCCAUUGACAAGUACUCCAGGUUGAUAUUUCCUGCCUCCUACAUAUUUUUCAACUUAAUUUAUUGGUCAGUGUUUUCCUAG